AUGGAUAGCCAAGAAACACUCCCUAGAUGGUCGUGCCAGUUCGAAGGAUGUACGAAAUCGUUUCAGCGGAAGGAGCACUUAACUCGACAUCAAAAAUCACAUUCCGAUUCGUAUCCUGCACAUAUUUGUAGAAUAUGUCAUAAAGAGUUUUCUCGUAGCGAUGGACUGCAGAGACAUCUUGGACGUCACGGGCAAGAAUUCAAAAAACCUACUGGUCGAAGCAGGAGGGCAUGCGCGGCUUGUCAUACCAGUAAAAUCAAAUGCGAUGGAAAUGAUCCAUGUUUCAGAUGUGAAAAGAAGAACACUCCCUGCCGAUAUGGGUUGCGGCAAGGACUAUCUGCUAUAGCCAGCAGGCAAGAUGAAACCUCCAAAGAUGAUUUGAGCGAUUGGGAGGGUUCGGAAUUCUCAAUAUCCGAAAAUGUACAAGGGGAUCAGAUGUCCGUUGAAAGUCUACAGACUGACCAAACACCUAAUUCUGAUGAGACUGUUACGAAUCAAGUAUCCAAUGUGGUUCAAGCAUUCAACUCCGGUCAAUCUUCCCACUCGGAACACGCAUUCGACUCUAUUCCAACACACAGCCCUUUACAAGAGGCACAUGAUUCGUCGGUAAGCAGGAAUGUGCUCAAUAAUUCGGUCACUGCUGAAGAUUCAAUCUCACUGAAUCUGAGGCGCACGCCUCACGGGCUUGUCGAUUGGUCAAAUGUCAUCGAUUGGUCAAAUGUCAGGAUCCAACAAGAUGCUCCUCAAACUCGAGAAGCACCUCAAAAUACCCCUUCUUCCAUAUCUAAGCUUGGAUACCUAUGUUCAACAGUUGCCAAAGAAACUGUCGAGAGAUAUCGUUAUCUAUACUUUGCCAAUUUCCACGAUCGCUGGCCCAUAAUCCAUUCCCCAACUUAUGAGGAUGAAGAAGAGGCACCUGAGCUUCUACUCCCAUCUAUAUUGAUGAUUGGAGGUUGGAUUGACGGGACUCCAAGCUCGAGAGAUUGGGCUUUGAAAGUUCACCAUAAUUUGGUAGAGCAUGUUAUCCCACGCUUAUGCCAGCUGAAGGAUAUAGAUACAAUGACACAGCCUCUGCCGAUAGUUUUAUACCAGUGCACGUUGUUGAAUAGUAUUUUUGCAUCAUACUGUGGGAAACGUGAGGUCUUGAGAAAAGGACUGAUCUUACGCAACCUCCUAGGUGCCUCCAUAUACGGAGCUGGAAUCUUGACACCUGGGACUAUCUAUCCAGACGAUAAGCCCGGGUAUUUUCUACCAAUGCGUUCGGUUAAAGACCAGCAAAGAAAGAGGAUAGCAGUUGAUCUCUUCAAGAUUGACACAUAUUUCACUGCCAUAACCGUGCAGCCAGUUUUACUCAAGCCAGAAGAACUACACUUCAGUAUUCCAGAAACCAUCGCGCUUUGGAAUGCUGUAGGACUUCCUAUUUGGGCGGCUCGUCAACCGAGUGAACCGAAAUCUAGAAACCAUCGUUCAAUCAAUGUGAUGCUUGAAGAAGUCGCUCUUGGAGGAAUUGAGUUUUCAGAAAAUGAGUACAUGUUAGAAGAUAUCCAGAUUUGUCUUUGGGCUAUGCAGUCAGAAAUCUUGCAGCUUUCCAAGCAGGCUCAACCUGAGAGACGGAAUGAACUGAGUUUGAAUAUUCAAAGACAAUCACUUAAACGCCAACUGGAAGCUCUAAAACGUGGGUUCUCAAAUCUUUCCGGGAAAAUAUCGAGCCCCGAUGCAUUUGACCAAGCAGGACAUUCUCCCGUGCAUUACUACUAUGGACCUGAAGACCAUGAUAAGCCCGGAUGGCAAGAUAUAGUUUACCGACGCAUCCAUAGCUUCAUCUUCGACACUUCUAUCCUUCAUCAUCUGAUGAAUUUACAACUAUUUACCGAGACUCAGACUAUCAGGAUGCUCGCCAAAGAUCUGACACUUUCUGAUAAAGUCCGAGGAGUGUUCGGAGAUAUAUAUUCUCAACCCCAUACCAGACGUGUUUUGGCAGCACGUGCAUGGACACAAGAGCCUAGCUCUCGGCGCGCCUUAUGGCAUGCCACUGAAAUUCUUCUAAGCCACAGUGCACUCAACCGAACACUCUCUCUCGCCAACUUCAUCCCCGACCCAAUUUCCUACAUAGCUUUAGCAUCCGCAGCGUUAGUCAUUUGGACCCAUUGCAUGUACGGACAAGAAGCGUGCAACGCUUUAUCAUGUACAUCGAUGCUCCCUCACGAAGUGAGUAUGUCUAUCGAAUUGACAAAAUUAAGCGAAGUGAUAAAUGGCUUCUCGUACGACGAAAAGGCAAAAGAGGUUUGGAUUGAAGGUGGUACUUAUUUCAGAGCUUCGAUUGAGAAUGUUCAGUUGUGUAGUUGUAAUGUCGGGAUUUUAAUGGGCAAGUUCAGGGCUUAUAUACCGCAUGAUUGGGAGAUUGUAGAUGAGAUUGCACCAAACAUCUUCGGAAAGCUUGAUGGUCCAGAAGCUACUGAAGUCACUUCAUGA